CAUGUCCGAGAGUCAUGUCCGAGUGGUGCCGUACAUUCAUACUAUGAAGUAAAUCAGUUUCACAUCAUUUACCUAAUCCGGGUUGAUUAGUUCUAUAUUGUAUUUGGCAAUUGGCACAAAAAAAAAACCCUCGUAUUUCAACCGAAACAACAAACAACCAUUUAACCUACUUUCGCCCUCUUUCUUCCCGCCAUCUUCCCUCCUUCAACCCAGAAGAGGGAGAAAUUCCCCCUUUUCAAUCUCUGCUCAACCCUAGAUUUCUCAAUUCCUGCAAAAUUCGGAGAAAACACCAUCAAUUCAAAGAGCGAAGAAUCCUAAUUUCACGAAUAAAUCACAAUUGAGAAGAACAAAUGGUACAAUUUCACGAACACAUCAUCUCCGACCUCUUGGAAGACCCAAAUGGCGGCUUAGUUGUUCUUUCUUCUGGACUUUCUCUCUCUAAACUCAUCGCAACUCUUCUCUCUCUUCAUUCUUCCGAUCAAGGUACUCUCUUGAUCCUUUCUGCUAAUCCUUCUCAACGAAAAUCAAUCUUAAUUUCAAACCCUAACCCUAAUUUCAAUGGCGGACCUGUUGAAAUCACUUCUGAGCUUCCUGCUCACCAGCGCAAUGCACUUUACUCAUCUGGGGGUGCUUAUUUCAUUACUUCUCGUAUUCUCAUUGUUGAUCUUCUCACCUCUAGAAUCCCCACUUCGAAAAUUGCUGGAAUUUUGAUUCUCAAUGCACAUUCACUCUCCGAGACCUCGACCGAGGCGUUUAUCGUUAGAAUUAUGAGGUCAUUGAAUAAGAAUGCAUAUAUAAGGGCAUUUUCUGAUAAGCCUUUCGCUAUGGUAUCCGGGUUUGCGAAAGCGGAGAGGAUUAUGAAGUGUUUGUUUGUUAGAAAGCUGCAUUUGUGGCCUAGGUUUCAAGUGUAUGUUUCGGAGGAACUCGAGAAGAGCCCUUCCAAGGUGGUGGAUAUAAGAGUUCCGAUGAAUUCGGCAAUGAAGGGGAUUCAAAAGGCUAUAAUUGAGGUUAUGGAUGCUUGUUUGAAAGAAAUGAGGAGGACUAAUAAGGUUGAUGUUGAAGAUUUAACGGUUGAGAACGGAUUGUUUAAGUCUUUUGAUGAGAUUAUUAAGAGACAAUUAGACCCAAUUUGGCAUACAUUAGGCAAGAAGACUAAACAGCUCGUUUCGGAUUUAAAGACCUUGAGGAAAUUGUUGGAUUAUCUUGUCAGGUAUGAUGCGGUUACAUAUUUGAAGUAUCUGGAUUCACUGAGGGUUUCGGAGAGUUUUAGGUCGGUCUGGAUUUUUGCGGAAUCAAGUUAUAAGAUAUUUGAGUAUGCAAAGAAGCGUGUUUACCAUUUUGCAAGGUCAGAGGCAGGCAAGCCAACUGAGCAGAAAACAAAUGUGUCGGGAAAAAAGAGGAAAUCGAAGGAGAGUAGCACUGAGAAAGAAGCUUCAGGUGGAGGAGUUUUUCUCCAAGAGAUUCUAGAGGAACCACCAAAGUGGAAGGUGUUACGUGACAUUUUAGAGGAGAUUGAAGCAGAGAGGAAGAAAAAAGCAUUAUCAAGUGAUGAAUUUAUGAGUGAAAACGAAGAUGAUAGCAAUGGAAUUGUUUUGGUGACAUGCAAAGAUGAGCACUCAUGCAUGCAGCUUGAGGAUUGCAUUACAAAUGGCCCAAAGAAGGUCAUGCGGGAAGAAUGGGAGAAAUACUUAUUGAGCAAAGUAGAAUUGAAAGGUUAUCAAGGACGGCAAAAAGGUGCUAAGAAGAAAGCUAAAGAGCCUAAAGGUUUUGGAAUACUUGAUGGUGUUGUUUCAAGAACUGGUAAAGAAGAUGGAGAACCUAGCAGCAUAAACAAGCAGGAAAAUGAUGCGCUACUGGCUGCUGCAUCAGCGAUAAAAAAUCUAUCCAAGAAAGAAACAGCCGUUGAAGAUACUUGCCAGCAUGAUGUUAGUAACGACGUAAAUGAGCCAGGAAGAAGAAAAGGGAAAAGCAAGAAACCACUAGAAAAGCACAGUAAGACUCGUAGCAAAUCUAAAACAAGUGAUACGUCUCAAAUAGCUAGUCCUGUUAACGAAGGCGAAAGAACUGGUGAUAAUAAAGUUGCUGAAGGUGGUCUUCAUGAAGGUAAGCAAAGAACUCUACCUGCUGCAAACGGUAUCCUUAGGAGACACACUGAAGAUAUUGAUGUUGAUAUUACUACAAGCCGGAGGCCACUACCCCCUGUACAUUUUCAUGCCCUAGAGAGCGAUCAGCCUAUACUUGACAUUUUGAAGCCAUCUAUAAUCAUUGCUUACCACCCUGAUAUCACGUUUGUCCGGGAAGUGGAGGUCUACAAUGCUGAGAACCCUUCCAAGAAGUUGAAAGUUUACUUUUUAUUCUAUGAAGAUUCAACUGAGGUACAGAAAUUUGAGGCAAGUAUACGUCGUGAAAAUGGGGCAUUCGAGUCUUUGAUUAGGCAAAAAUCGAUGAUGAUGAUUCCAGUUAAUUUGGAUGACCAUCUUCUGGGUGUAAAUUUUCCCAUUGAGUCACAAUCAUCUGUGGCACAAAAUUCAAUAACCAGAAAAGCUGGUGGAAGAAAAGAAACUGAUAAAGAAAUGCAGGUUAUAGUGGACAUGAGAGAGUUCAUGAGCAGCCUUCCAAAUGUCCUCCACCAGAAGGGUAUGCGCAUUAUACCAGUGACCUUGGAAGUUGGUGAUUACAUCCUCUCCCCUUUGAUAUGUGUAGAAAGGAAGAGUAUCCAGGAUCUGUUUGGCAGUUUUACAUCUGGACGGCUCUAUCACCAAAUCGAAAUGAUGGUGCGAUAUUAUAGAAUACCUGUUCUGUUGAUUGAGUUUUCACAAGAUAAAAGCUUCUCUUUUCUGUCAGCAAGUGAUAUUGGGGAUGAUGUUACACCAAAUAGUAUAAUCUCAAAGCUCACAUUGCUAGCUAUGCACUUUCCCCGCCUGCGUAUUGUCUGGUCUCGCAGUUUGCAUGCGACGGCUGAAAUAUUUGCCUCCCUUAAAGCAAAUCAAGAUGAACCUGAUGAGGCCAAAGCAACAAGAGUUGGUGUACCCUCAGAGGAAGGAAUUGUAGAGAAUGAUGUGAGAGCUGAAAACUAUAACACAUCUGCUGUGGAGUUCUUGCGACGUCUUCCAGGUGUCACUGAUUCUAACUACAGGGCUAUAAUGGAUGGAUGUAGUAGCUUAGCUGAUCUGGCUCUUCUUCCAGUUGAGAAUCUGGCCGAUCUGAUGGGCGGGCAGAAAGCUGCUCGCACCCUCAGGGAAUUUCUUGAUGCCAAGUACCCAACUAUGCUAUGACAUUGGAUGCUUCUACCAGUAAGUCACUGGAUAAUUGCAUUGUUGAGUUGUAUAUUGUACCAAGAUCUGUCUGCUUGGAUUACAGAAGGCGGUUCCAGUUUUCCUUACCUUGUAAACCUAGAAAUUGUCUCAUCAGCAUUCCAUAGGUAAAAGACAAAUGCCAGGAAGCUGCCAAGAGAAAGAAUUAAAAUCAUGGAAGGCUUCACUCUUGAAUCAGGGAGACUUUAAAAUACUGUAUGAGUUGAUUUCUGUUGAGGAUGGAAUUUUCUCACUUCAUCCUGCAUCCCGGUUUCUGUUUUCGGAAGAAGGUAAAUCAGAACUGCUGCAACAGAUGAUCUUUUAAAGAUGUUGCAGUGUUCAUUACAAAUUUAUUUAUUUUUCCAAAAAACCAGGAGAAAUUGUUAGAUUGGAAUAUUCAUUCAUCAAAAGGGUAUUUACAAAAUUUGGUUCAAUUUGUACUGACAGUACUUUCAAAUCAUCAUUUGGUACUAAAUAUCAUUCUGAUGGUUUUGUGAAAUCUUGUAAUGGUAAUAAUAAGUGUUUCUGAUGGAAGUUGAAUUUGUUGUUUUA